CAGAGUCCCAUAUUCCCCACCUUGGACAUAUGCAGCUUUGGACCAAAACUUCCGACGGCCUACCUACCCACUCGACACCUCCAAGCUCCAACAACAACCCAGAAAAGAAAAAAAAAAAAAGCGGGGGAGAUUUAAGAAGAUCACAGGACAGGACAGACUUGGUGAGCCUAAACUCUAGCCUACCACUCUGAAAUCAAAACAUGGGAGAAGCAAUGGGGCAGAUAAAAGUAGAGGUAGUACACGGGAAAAGACUGGUGAUCAGGGAUUUCAAGAGCAGUGAUCCUUAUGUCCUUCUCAAGCUUGGAAAUCAGACAGCAAAAACCAAAGUUAUAAACAGCUGCCUCAAUCCCGUUUGGAAUGAAGAGUUUAGUUUCACCUUCUCUGAACCUGUUGGAGUUCUCAAGCUGGAAGUGUUCGAUAAAGAUCGGUUCAAGUCUGAUGACAAGAUGGGACAUGCUGAGCUUAGUCUUCAACCCUUAGUUGCUGCAGCGAGGCUGAAGCAGAUUCUUAGCGUUGCCACUGAUGGGAUGACCUUGAGAAAGGUUAUCCCUGAGAGCGAUAACUGUCUAGCCACUGAAAGCUCCAUUGUUUGGGCAAAUGGUGAGGUGAGGCAAGAUGUUUGGCUGAGGCUGUGUGAUGUGGAAUCUGGUGAAGUAGAGUUGAAGAUCAAGCUAGUGAAUCUUCCUGCAGUUUCCCCAGCAAGGUAGUGGGGGAGCAAAUGUUCGGCACAAGUGUUUGAUAACCCGUUAAUGUGCACAGAAGCUGAUGUCGACAGUUGAGAAUCUCAGAGUCUAACCUAUUCCAGCUAUCCUUGGAGUAACGAAGAUUUCAAAGUAGUUUGUAGAGGAGGAUUGUUGUGUUUCAAUUGUAGUUAUGGAGAUAGUGGGUCUAAGUUGCUAUUCACUCACUGUGAAACAUAAUGGUUUUCUCUAGCAUAAGAUGUUAAAGAGGGUUGUAUGUGAAAUGCGUGCAGUGUUUGUCUCCGUAAAUUUUCAUUUUGAAUUUGGCAUUA